ACGCGCGCCGCGAGGGAUGACGCCGAGCGCCCUCUGGUCGGACGCCGCCCUCGGGCGGCGCGCGACCGCCGGACGCGCCCCGACUCCCGGCCGCGUGGGCGGCACGCCGGUCCGAACCCGCGCGUCCGCGGCGUCGUCGUCAUCGUCCGACCGUCUGGAUGACGCGAUCCUCCUCUCCGCCAAGCUCAUCUACGCGUCGUCGCCCGCGAUGGAGCACACGCGCGAGGGGCACCCGGAGUCCAACCUCCGCGUCCCCGCCAUCCUCGACGCCCUCGCCGCCGCCAACCUCACCCCGGAAGCGCGCGCGGGCGAGCUCGUCAGCCUCGACGCCUUCGCCCCCGCGACUCGCGAGCAGGUCAUGGAGGUGCACACCAAGAACUACGUCGGCGGCCUCAACGUCCUCGCCAAGACGCGCGCGCCGAUGGACGUCACCGGCGACACGUACAUCACCUCCGCGUCGUACGACGCGGCGCUGCGCGGCUGCGGCGCGGCCAUCGCGCUCGUCGACGCGGUGUGCGACGCUGCCGAGAUUCGCAAAAGUCGCGAACCCGGGUCGUCGACUCUCGCGCCCGCGGCGUUUGGACUGUGCCGACCGCCCGGUCACCACGCGACGCCCAAGUCCGCGAUGGGAUUCUGCCUCUUCGGCACGGUCGCCGCGGCGGCGAGGCACGCGCAACGCGCGCGCGGGAUGGCGCGGGUGAUGAUCUUCGACUUUGACGUGCACCACGGCAACGGCACGAACGACAUCUUCAGGGACGACCCCUCCGUCCUCUUCGUGUCCACGCACGAGGACGGAAGCUUCCCGGGGACGGGGAAGAUGUCCGACGCCGGCGAAGGCGACGGCGUCGGGGCGACGAUCAACGUGCCGCUGCCCCCCGGGUCCGGCGACGCCGCCGCGCUCGCGGCGUUUGACGAGAUCGUAGCCCCGGCAGCCGCUCGAUUCGCGCCGGAUAUCGUCCUGGUGUCCGCCGGGUACGACGCGCACUGGCGCGACCCGCUCGCGGGCCUCAGCUUCCGCACCGGGACGUACUGGCGUCUGAGCGCGCGGGUCAAGGCGCUGGCGGACGAGUUGUGCGGCGGGCGGUGCGUGUUUUUGCUGGAAGGGGGAUACGACCUGACGGGUCUGGGCGAGGGCGUCGCGGAUUCGUUCAGGGCGCUGCUCGGGGACGGGUCGGGGGAGGACCCGGGGGCGAUCGCGGGGCUGACGGACGAGCCGACGGAGAAGGUGCGCAGGGUGCUCGCCGAGGCCAAGGCGAUGCACCAGCUGUAGUCGUUCGCGACGAAAACGAAAACUCGACUCGUUU